AUGCAAAAGCUGUUAAUGUGCGUGGCCGUACUGGCCGGCGUGGCCCUCGCCUCGAAGGAGUACGGGCUGAAGACGAACCGUAUCCCGACCGGAUGGGAAUGGAAUAGCACUUGUGAUGAGUGCCAAUCGUUUGUGCACCGUUUCGAGGCGGCCCUGAAGAACCCGACGAAGAUGGCCGAGCUGAAGGCCCUUCUCCGCAUUCUUUGCCACGAGACAUCGUAUGUGGAUGAAUGUCGUGCAUUUGUCGCCCACCUUGAUGACUUCAUCUCCAAGCUCGACCCCUAUCUUCAAGAUGCGAAGGCGGUGUGCACCCAUAUGCACCUGUGCACCCAGCGUACGGCCCGUUUCCACCGUAUCGGCCAGCUCUACAGCAAGCUCAUCCAGAAGGGCACCGUCGGCGGAUAUGCUGAUAUCGUGUGCGAUGAGUGCCAGUUCGCGGCCACCGAGUUGAAGCAGGUCAUCACCGACAAGAAUCUCCAGCAGCAAAUCCGCGACUUCUUCCGCGACAACGUGUGCGCCCGUUUCGGCAAGUAUCGCGGCGACUGUGACAUGGUCAUCGAGCAGUUCUUGCCGGAACUCUUCCAAGAGCUCGAGGCCGCCCUCGCCAACCCCAAGAAGGUGUGCCACGACAUCGGCUUCUGCGGCUCGACCCGCCGUCGUCUGCCCGGAUUCCUCGGACUCGCCCAGGGUUUC